CUUAGACUGAUUAAUUCAACUAGGGUUCAGACAACCACAGAAAUUUGCUAGAAAAGGAUAAGCAUAGACUCCAAACCUACUAUCCCAAUCAGUAAACCUAAAAUCUGAAAUCUGGAUUUGUUAUACUACGCUAGUAACUUUCACGCUUUAAAGGCGUUGUUUUGUUUUGCGAGAAUUGUUCAUAAUAAUAUGACAACCGAAGGCUAUGGGGAUUUUACAACACCAAACACUACGAUAACUAACGUGGUAGUCCAAGAAACAACUGACUUGUUGAAUAUUAUCAUUCCAAUUGUUUCAGUUUGCUUCUUCAUAGCUUCUGUUGUAAUUACAUAUAUUAUUGAUGAUCCUGGUAUCAAAACUCUGAAAAAUAUUACACCUGAGGAAGAUUUAAAGCCCAUAUCGGAAUCAGACAGGAAUCAUCUAAGGUAUCUUGCAGAACGAAAGUUGUACAUUGACACAAAGGGCCACACGUUUUCGGCAUUUACACCACAUGCUGCACCAGAAGCUACAGUGCAUGCUACACAUGAACACACAGAUAAUUCAGAGUGUGGAAGACGUCGAGCAUGUUCUGAGUCUCAUACUCCAAAUGCUGGUGAAGUCAGCUCAGAAACACAGAUAAUUUUGCAACACAUGCUAAUACGCGCAGGAUACCCACAUAACAAUACUGAUAGCUUGUUUUCUGGGAACUCUAUCCGUUCAAGGCCUGGAUUUCACAACCCAUUCUCUUCCUUGAAAAAGUCAAAAGCCACGGAAAAUGAAACUCAAAAGUUGGAAGAAAACAAUCCGGACUCCCAGAGUGGCUUUCAGUGCUAGUGUUUUCUUCGUAACACCGUCUUAAUUUCUAUCUACGGUUACUAGAUGGACGGAACACACCAACAUUUUGAAGCUAGAGUACCAAAAGAAACUAGUUUUACUUCAUUAAUCAUAGCUAUUGCCAUAUUCUACCUUACUGACUUUUGUUCUGCGUCUGUUAACAUUUUAAAUACAAAUCUGUUCUCAUCUCUAAA